AUGAGUAACGAAAGGGUUGACUUGGACACGAUAAUAGAAAAGCUUCUUUCUGUCCGGAACAGUAAGCUGGGGAGGCUAGUCCACCUUGCAGAGGCAGAGAUGAGAUACUUGUGUGAAAAGUCGACUGAUGUAUUCAAGCAGCAGCCAACUCUAGUUGAGGUGAAGGCUCCAGUUAAGAUCUGUGGAGAUGUGCACGGGCAAUACUAUGAUCUUCUGAAGCUGUUUGAGCACGGCGGAUUUCCUCCCUCGAGCAACUACUUGUUUCUCGGCGACUAUGUGGACCGGGGAAAGCAGUCUCUGGAGACGAUCUGCUUGCUGCUGGCAUACAAGAUCAAGUUUCCAAACAACUUCUUCCUGCUGAGAGGGAAUCACGAGUGCGCCAGCAUCAAUAGGAUAUAUGGUUUUUACGACGAGUGCAAGAGGAGAUAUGACACAACGGUGUGGAAGAUGUUCACCGAGUGCUUCAACUGGAUUCCGGUGUGUGCCCUUGUUGACGGAAGGAUCCUCUGCAUGCACGGCGGGAUUUCGCCUGACCUGAAGAGCAUGGACCAGAUCAAGGGGAUUGCAAGGCCCACAGAUGUUCCUGAUGAAGGUCUGCUGUGCGAUCUUCUGUGGAGUGACCCGGAUCCCAGUGUGAGGGGAUGGGGAGAGAACGAUAGAGGGGUUUCUGUAACGUUUGGGCCGGAUACUGUGGAGAGGUUUCUCGAAGCACAUAAUCUGGACCUGAUAUGCAGGGCACACCAGGUUGUGGAGGACGGGUAUGAGUUCUUUGCAAACAGAUCACUGGUCACUGUGUUUUCUGCUCCAAACUACUGCGGAGAGUUUGAGAACUCAGGAGCGAUUAUGGAUGUAGAUAAGGAUCUUGUGUGUUCAUUUCAGGUUCUCAAGCCGACGGAUUUCAUUAGUAGUGGAGAACCCAGGAAGAAGCAGAUGGGGAUGUCUCGUAAAAAGUAA